AUGCAUGUGGUGGUGGUGGCAACAGCCUUGAUACUGCUCCUAAGCAUGGGGCGGACCUCAGACUCUCUCUGCUCACCCACCAUUUUUUACAGAGACUGUUGGAUCCGUCGCUUCCCAGGGCUUCUGAUUGACCUGGAGGAGUCUCAGACGCUGGGAGCUCAGUUCCUGAAAUAUUAUUCUGAAAGCACCGGCCAGAAAUGCAGCAGGAGCUGCUGCCUUAGGAAGGAUGUUUCCUGUAACGUGGCUGUCUUCUACCAUGAUCCUAUUCAUGACAAUGUCAACUGCCUCCAUAUUCACUGCCCCACGCUGGAGAGCUGCAUAUUAGAGCCCGGAACCAGUGCCAUUUUAUACAACAUAACAGAAGGUAUAGAUCCAGAUUUGCUGAUUUUUGAACAAUCACCUCCCACAUAUCUAAAUACCCGUUCUUCAUCUAACACAUGGGACAGACUAAGGAUUUUAAAAACUACACAUUUAGAUAAACAACAAACUACUGUGAUAAAUCAAAUGCUACCAUCAACAGAGGCACCAUCAUCAACCCCACAUCAAGAUUUGUUUGUCAACACAAACAAUACCAGGUAUUCCAAGGAAUUAACCACAGAUUCCUGGGCAAGACUCGUUUCCCUGAAUGACUCCAUUACCACAGAGUUAAAUAUGGUGUCACACAGCACUGAUUUCAUCAAUAACCCAGAUAACAAGACUAUUUCUCCUUUCUUUGUUCCCAUAGACACGAAACUUUUUCAUAGGCCUAUUCCAUCCCAAGUCAACAGUAGCAAGCAAUUACUAAACAAAACCAAGGGGUCCAACAGCAGAAACCACACAUGUGAGAAUGAAGAUAUGACACCUGAAUGGGCAUCUGUGACUUCAAAGAUGUGGCUGGCUCCAGUGGCCCUCUGUACCUCUGUCAUCUUUCUUUGCUGUUGUAUAAUCAUCCUGGUGUCUGGAUGCUGUAGAAAGCAGCAGGGCCAGUAUAAGCCAGGACAGAGAAAGUCAGGAUCCAGGCAUAUUAAAAAAUUUAACACUCUAAAGGAGAACUCUUAAUAGUAAAAGUUACAGGGAGAUGGUAAGCUUUCAAGAGUAUCAUUUUUAGUUUUCUGUAAGACAAGGACUCUUUGGUUAAAAAAAAAUAAUUGCACAGGAUGCUCACUCCUACCAAUCUCUAAAAAAGGCCAAAUGCUUGAUAAACUUAAGUGCUUUUUUGGAUUAUUUCUGUUUUUUGAACAGUGUACCCUUUGCCAAAUUUCCAAAAUUCUGACCCCUGCAGUUAUUUAGCACUGCAUGAGAGAUAUGCUUCUAAGUGCUGUACAUGUAUUCACUCAUGGAUAUAAUUUUAUGAAUUAGGUAUACUUUUAUUGUACAGAUGAGGAAAAU